AUCUUCACUAUUUGUGAAUGUCGAUUAUUGAACGCGAGUGUAGUAGCACUUCAACCGCCGCAUCGCGUUCCCAAAACAAAUGCUAUCGACGGUGAUGAGUUCUCACCGCCGGGAACUGCUGAAGUCGAAACGCUCUUCUCUUUCCCUCGACGGCAGGUUUCCCCACCGUAGAUGGUCGUUUUGUCACCGGAAAUUUCCCUCGGGCUCGCUCGCUGCCGACUGGGUCAUCAAAACAGAGCUUGGGCAACGAUUUUCUUGAUUUGUCCUUGGUGGGUAAGAGAAUAUGGAGAGGUCUCUUGCGCUUUUGUUGCCGCUAAUCAUAACUUUGGCUAUCAUUCAUAUUGUUCAAGCUCAGAGCCAACAAGGGUUCAUCAGUUUGGAUUGCGGGCUGCCCGCAAAUGAACUGUCUCCUUAUAAAGAUUUAAACACUGGAAUACAGUACUCCUCGGACGCAACAUUCAUCCAGAGUGGAAAUACUGGUAAAGUCCAGGCAAAUAUGGUGGAUAGAUUCCUGAAGCCAUACUCAACGCUGAGAUAUUUUCCAGAUGGAAUACGGAACUGCUACAAUCUAAACGUCGAGAAGGGAAGAAAUCAUCUGAUCAGAGCUUGGUUUAUGUAUGGAAAUUAUGAUGGCCGUGACAAUAGCCCGAGGUUUGACCUGUAUCUUGGACCUAAUCCAUGGGCCACGAUCGAUUUGCAUAAACUAGAGAAUGGUACACGGGAAGAGAUCAUUCACAUACCAACAUCAAACAAGUUGCAGAUUUGUCUUGUUAAGACUGGGGAAACUACACCAAUGAUUUCAGCCUUGGAAAUACGGCCCAUGGGAAAUGAUUCUUAUAUAACCGAGUCUGGUUCUCUGAAACUCUUCUUUCGGAUAUAUCUUACCGAAUCGAAGAAUUACAUAAGGUACCCGAACGAUGUCUAUGAUCGCCAAUGGAUUGCGUUCUUUUGGAGGGAAUGGACCCAAAUAUCAACCACUAGCGAUGUGGGAACUUCCAACAGUUAUGAACUACCAAAAGCCGCACUUCCAAGUGCAGCCAUACCUACUAAUGCUAGUGUGCCAUUGGCGAUUGAGUGGACUCCACCAAAUCCUAAUACCCAAUAUUACUUGUAUAGACACUUUGCUGAGAUCCAAGACCUGCAGAAAAAUGAAACCAGGGAAUUCAACAUGCUAUGGAAUGGAGAUGUUAUGUCGUCUGACCCUGUGAUUCCUAAUAAGUUAGAAAUAAGUACUUUCUACAGCAAGUCUCCAAGGACUUGCGGUGAAGGGGGCUGUAAUUUUCAGCUGAAAAGAACCAAUAGAUCAACUCUUCCACCUCUACUUAACGCUCUUGAAGUCUUCACAGUUAUCCAGUUUCCGCAGUCUGAAACAAAUGAAACUGACGUGGCUGCUAUCAGAAACAUUGAAGCCACCUAUGGAUUAAGUAGAAUCAACUGGCAAGGUGAUCCAUGCGUCCCUCAACAGUUUAGGUGGGACGCUUUAAACUGCAGCAACACGGAUCCCUCCACACCACCAAGAAUCACUUCUUUAAACUUGUCUUCGAGUGGUUUAACAGGAAACAUAGCAGCUGCAAUUCAAAACCUUACGCAACUAGAGAAACUGGACUUGUCGAAUAACAACUUGACCGGAGAGGUGCCGGAGUUUCUAGGCAACAUAAAAUCAUUGUUGUUCAUAAACUUAAGCGGGAACGAUCUUAAUGGUACAAUUCCUCAAUCCCUACAAAGGAAAGGUGGACUCCAGCUAUUCCGUCAUGGAAACCCAAGGCUUUUUCCCUCUGAAUCACCAACAAUACCAACAGGCAAGAGCUUUCCAGUUGUAAUUGUUGCAUCAGUUGCUUCUGCUGCCAUCCUCAUUGUUGUGCUGGUUCUUGUACUUGUUCUCCGAAAGAAAAAGCCGUCGACUAAUCAAGUUGUUCACCCGCCUCCAAGUAGGCCAACCAUGAAUGUUCCUUAUGCUAACUCACCUGAGCCCUCAAUCGAGAUGAAAAGGAGAAGGUUUACUUAUUCAGAGGUUAUGAAAAUGACGAAUAAUUUCCAAAGAGUUGUAGGGGAAGGAGGAUUUGGCGUUGUCUGUCACGGUACUGUAAAUAGUUCUGAACAGGUAGCUGUUAAACUACUCUCACAAUCAUCAACUCAAGGCUAUAAAGAGUUCAAGGCAGAGGUUGAUCUUCUUCUAAGAGUCCACCAUACAAAUUUGGUAAGCCUUGUCGGAUAUUGUGAUGAAGGAGACCACUUGGCCCUCAUCUACGAGUUUGUACCCAAUGGAGACUUAAGACAACAUUUGUCAGGAAAAGGAGGUAAACCCAUCGUCAAUUGGGCUACGCGGCUAAGAAUAUCUGCGGAGGCAGCACUAGGUUUGGAGUACUUACACAUUGGAUGCACACCACCAAUAGUUCAUAGAGAUGUCAAAACUACAAACAUAUUGUUGGACGAGCAGUUCAAGGCCAAACUUGCUGAUUUUGGGCUCUCGAGGUCUUUCCCAGUUGGAGGGGAAACUCAUGUUUCGACAGUGGUUGCUGGUACUCCUGGUUACCUUGAUCCAGAAUAUUACCAAACAAGCCGGUUGGGUGAGAAAAGUGAUGUGUACAGUUUUGGAAUUGUGUUAUUGGAAAUGAUCACAAACCAACCAGUGAUUGAUCGAAACCGCAGAAAGUCUCAUAUAACACAAUGGGUUGGGUCUGAGCUUAACGGAGGAGACAUUACUAAGAUCAUGGAUCCAAAGCUUAACGGGGAUUAUGAUUCCCGCUCUGCGUGGAGAGCUCUUGAGCUAGCAAUGUCCUGCGCGGAUCCUACUUCAGCAAGACGACCAACCAUGUCUCAUGUUGUUAUAGAACUAAAAGAGUGUCUCGUGUCUGAAAACUCAAGGAGAAAUAUGAGUCGAGGCAUGGAUCCUCUAAGUUCCCCUGAAGUAAGCAUGGUCUUUGAUAGUGGGAUGAUUCCCAGAGCAAGAUAGUUUGUGUUGCAAGUAACACAACCAUAGUGAAAUUACUCAACGUUAUUGUGGCCUUGCCAUGUCGUGUCCUCUGUUUGUAUUUUGAGUGCCAGUAUUGUGGUUAUAAAAACCUUUUAUGUAAAAAUUAAUAUAAUUACUGUAUUGGUUGAAGUGUUUUGUGGUCUAA